UGAAACAUCCACAGGAGAAACUUUAAUACAAGGACUUAGUCUUACUCAAAUCAACAAGUAUCAAAAUGAGACUUGGUAACCAGGCGAAGUACUUCAUCCAUUUUAUGAGAUCUUGUAUUCAGCUUUUCUUUUACUUAGAAAAACCAUCUACAAAAAAAUACAACAGUAGUCAUCUUCACAUGGCCACAAGAAACACAUGUGUAUUUAUCAAUUAAUUGGUUAAAAUUAAUCAGGCAACAAACCAAAAAUACAGACAGUGAGAAAGUCCAGCUCUAAGAGCUCAAGUUCAUUGUGGUACAUCAUUUUGUUAUAAAAUGAUCAAAUUGUACUAUAAUCUCACAAUAAAAGAUUAGCACCAUUUCAAAAUAAAAGAUUAUUAGUUUUUCAAAAGAUGGGGAUUAACACCUGACUGUCCCCUCCACACACCAGUGUGACUGUUCACAGGGUGCCCAGGACUGAGAGUCACCUUGUUACCCUCCUGUCUCCAGUGAGAGGGAGAUUGCUUGUGCUUAACUGGGUGUCGUGUCAGCACCCUAACAAUCUCUGGGCUUUGCCAGCCCUUACGUUCCCUUGCAGGUUAACGGGGGCACCCCAGUCCCCAAGCCCUUUGAAGCAUUCCCUUUGAGUGUUCAGUGUAUGAGGAGCUGAACGCUACGAGUAAUACCAAGUAUGCUGCCCCAAGGGAAUAGGAUACACAUUAGCUUGAAUGAUUCAGCUCCGGUUUAGCUCCUUGUACAAUACCACAAUACUUAGAUAUAAUUUUUUAGUGAAAACAAGAAUAGGUUUAUUUACAAAGAACAGAGAUUCAAAGAUUCAAGUGAGCAGUGAUUAAGGAUAAUGGAAACAGAAGGGUUACAUGUACAACAAAAUCAAUACAUGCUUUCUAGGGAUCUUUAAUAGGCUAACCUCCUGUCUAGAGUCUUAUCUCACACACAGCCCUUUUUGCAAUUCUUCCAAUCAAGGCUGCCUGGAGUCCAGUUUUUGUAAAGGUAAACAUACUGUCCAUUUACUUCCUAGGUGCAGGAUUACAGGGUGCUUUCCUUGUCCCCCAGGUAUAGUCCAGUAAAUCUUUGAGGUGCACCCUCAGAUUAUGCUCUUUUCCCCCUGCUGUUCUUCUUUCUGUUAAAUCUCACAAUUCUUCAUCUGCAUGUAGCUCAAACUGCUGAUUGUAAUGAAAAUUGAGUAAUGUCUCAUUCACAUCAGAUAAACAUACAUCUCUGGUCUGGCAGGAAGCCAGUUUUUCACCUCUACUGCGGAGUAACACCUUGAUACAAACUGUAGGAACAUUUUCAGUACAUAUACAUCACUCCUUAUAUAGUAGCAAUACAUAUACAACAAUAUUUAUAACCAGGGUGACACUGGUUUUCCUUUGAUUCCUUACACAAUAUUCUCUGGUGAACCAGGAUGUACACACCAGAAUCACGAUAUUCUUGUAACCUCCUUUACCAGUUGCCAUUCAGGAGUUCUUAGGGUCACAAUCCCUUACCUCCAAACUCUGCUUCCCUGCCUGUCCCCAUAUAUACACGCCUGUUCCUACAACCAAAGAUCCUCUGUUUCCAAUCCUCAAAUACAUUACUAAUCCCUACAAAUCCAAUGACUCACUUACCUAACCCUCGUUCCUUAAACUGUGCAUACAAACCUAUCCCUGACUUCAACAUCCUCUGCUAUAUCCCUGCAUAGACUACCUAUCCACACUUCAGAGAGCUCCCCCACUUCCAGUCUGCUGCACUCCUGUUCUUCUCCCUACAUAUAUCCAGAAACUGUUCUCCCUUUUCCCUACCUGCGUUCUCCUAUACACUACCUCACCCCAUUCCAGCCAUACAUGGUCCCCCCCAUCAUUUCAGUCCUCCACAGCAUUCAUACAAAGCCCACCAAACCUUUCACUCUCAUUCUUAUCCAUUUCUGCUUCCUUGUCUGUCCCCCACACUGCCCCUUCCCCACUUUCACCUCCAAACAAGGACAAACACAUUUAAUCUGCAGCUGCAGGCACUAACAAAACACUCUGUCUAGUAAACAGCCCCACUCACUUCCUGUGGGAUGGACAAUGAAGCUCUGAAAGUUUUUAGUGUUGUACUCUAGUAAUAGAACGAGCCUUUAAACGAGCUCACCCCUGCCCCCCCCCCCUUUUUAAACUAUUAUUUCUGUCUUUAAAAAGGACUAUUGGACUCCUCAAGGUAAAAUGUUACAUUUAUAGAAUUUGCUUUUUACUGAAAUAUGAUAAGACACUUUUAAAAGGAAGCCCAUUCCAUCUACACACUUGUACCAUCCCAUUAAAAUCCUGACCUGUCCCCCCAAUUCAGCCCUGCCCAAUGCUCUCAAAUAAAGCUUAAUUUUGUUAAAAUCUUUAACUUAUCUAAUCUUCUCUCAAGAGUUUGUAAUCUCUAUUUUGUCAACCAUUCUGUUUAUCAUCUAAUACACCUGCAGAAAUUUAUUCUUAUGUAAUACUAGAUACUCUAUAUCAAGCUAUUCCAACGCAGUGGAAAGGAAAGAAGAGCCACAGGAGGCCGCGGCUGAACAAGGAGCUUUUAAGCCAUCUAAAAACCAAAAGGGACACAUACAGGGAACGGAAGGAGAGGCACAUCACCAAGGAAAGUAUAUAUGGGGUUAGUGCAAGUGUGUAGGGACAAAAAUCAGGAAAGUCAAAGCAAAGAAUGAGUUACAGCUGACAAGAAAUGUUAGAGACAACAAGAAGGGGUUCUUCAAAUAUGUCAGACAAAAAAGAAAGAUCAGGGACAGUGUGGGUCCACUCCUCAGUGGAGACAGUGAGCUGGUAACAGAAGAUGAUAGGAAGGCAGAGCUGCUCAAUGCCUACUUUGCUUCAGCAUUCUCACAAAAAAUAAAGCGACCGGACGACUAGUGAAGAUAUCAGAGACAAUGAAGGGGAAGGGAUGCAGAUCGGGAUAAGUAAAGAACACGUCAGAGAUCUUUUGAACAAGUUGAAAGAAUUCGAAUCAGCAGGGCCUGAUGCUAUUCACCCGAGGGUACUAACGGAAUUGGCUGAAUAAAUCUUGGCGUCACAGGCAAUAUUUACAAACUCCUGGGUGACAAGAGAGGUCCCAGAAGACUGGAGAAGGGCUAAUGUAGUGCCCAUCUUUGAAAAAGGAGGAGCUGGGGAAACUAUUGUCAGUCUGACUUCAAUACUUGGGAACUACUAGAGCAAUGUAUAAAAUAUUCAAUUUGCAAAUACCUGGAGAGUGAAGGGGUAAUCACUAGCAGCCAGCAUGGAUUUACAAAGUACAAAUCAUGCCAAACCGUUUUGCUUUCCUUCUUGACAGGGUAACUGGUUUGGUGGAUGAGGGAUACAGUGGACAUAAUAUACCUGGACUUUGUCAAGGCUUUUGACACAGUCCUACAUCACAUUCUCAUAAGUAAGCUGAAGAAAUGUGGGCUCUGCAGAACUACCAUUGAGUGGAUACAUCAUUGGUUAAAUAAUCGCAAACAAAGAGUAACUAUUAAUGGAAUGAUGUCAGAUUGGAAGGCGGUCUCAAGUGGUGUUCCACAAGGAACUGUUCUGGGUCCGGUGUUGUUUAACAUCUUUAUUAAUUACCUGGAUGUAGGAAGACAACACAUACUGAUCAAAUUUGCAGAUGACACAAAGCUGGGGGGGAGGGGGGUUGUCAACACUCUGGAGGAUACAGCUAAAAAAUUCAGAGGAAUCUUGAUAAAUUGGAGAACAAAAUGAAAUUCAACAAAGACAAAUAUAAGUUGUUACACUUAGGCAAAAAACAAAAACACAGAUACAGAAUGAGGGAUAACUAUCACUGCUGAGAAGCAUCUGGGAGUUGUGGUGUAUUACAACCACAACAUGAGUCAGCAAUGCGAUGCUGUUGCAAAAAAAGCAAAUGCAAUAUUAGCUUGUAUUAACAGACAUAGCAUGCAAGUCAGGGGAGGGGACAGUACCGCUCUGCUUGGCACUGAUUGGACACAGUACUCUAGCUGAGGUCUAAUUUUGGUCACCAAUGUAUAGAAAGGAUAUGAAGAAACCAGGAAGGAUCCAGAGGCGAGCAACAAAGAUGAGCAAAGUGAUAGAAUGCAAGACAUAGGAGCAAAGACUGAAGGAACUGGGUAUAUUUAGUUUGGAAGAGAGGAGAUUAAGGGGGGGACACGAUAACAGUCUUUAGUACAUGAAAGGCUGCCAUAAAAAGAUGGAGAAAAGUUGUUCUCUCUUGCCACAGAGUGCAGGACAAGAAGCUGUGGGUCCAAACUACAGCAUAGCAGAUUUAGAUUAGAUCUCAGGAAAAACUUCCUAAGUGUAAGAGCAGUAGGACAAUAGAACAGACUGCCUAGGGACGUUGUGGAGGCUUCUUCUCUGGAGGUUUUCAAAAUGUGUCUGGACAGCCAUCUGUCUUGGAUGGUUUCAACCAGGGGUUCUCAAACUUCUUUGCAUGACAACCCGCUUCUGACAACAAAAAUUACUAUACAACCCCAGGAGGGGGAACUGAAGCCUGAGCCCGCCUGAGCCCUGCCGCCCCAGGCAGGGUGACCUUGGGCAGCAGGCGGCUUUCCCCCCGCCAAAGCCCCACUGCUCUUGGUGGGGGGAAAGCCGAAUCCCAACGGCUUUAGCCUCAGAUGGGGAGCCUGUAACCUGAGGGCCCCCCCCCCGCCACACACACUCAGAGCUGAAGUCCUUGGGCUUUGGCCCCGAGCAGUGGGGCUCGGGCUUCAGCCUUGGGCCCCAGCAAGGCUAAUUUCAGCCCUUGGCAAUCCCAUUAAAAUGGGGUCCCGACGUACAGUUUGAGAACUGCUGGUUUAGACACAACAAAUCCUGCAUCUUGGAAGGGGGUUAGACUAGAUCAGUGGUUCUCAAACUUUUGUACUGCUGACCCCUUUCAGACAGCAAGCCUCUGAGUGCAACCCUCCACUAUAAAUUUAAAACACUUUUUAAUAUAUUUAACAUCAUUAUAAAUGCUGGAGGCAAAGCAAGGUUUGGGGUGGAGAAUGACAGCUCACGACCCCCCAUGUAAUAAGUUCGCAGCCCCCUGAGAGGUCCCAACCCCCUGUUUGAGAACCCCUGGACUAUAUGACCCCUGCAGUCCCUUUUAACCCAAUGAUUCUAUAUACUUAAUGCACCUUUUUCCACAGUUAAUGAAAUUAUUCACGUGUAAAGUUAAGUGCAUGUACAUUUUCAGUAUUGGGGCCUCACUUAGGCCAUGUCUACACUAGCACUUAUGUAAGCAAAACUUUUGUCAUUCAGGGGUGUGAAAAAAAACACCCCCGAAUAACAAAUUUUGCCAGCAUAAGCACUCACCUCCACAGCACUAUGUCACUGGGAGAUGCUCUCCCACCAACAAAGCUACUGCUGCUCAUUGAGCUGGGUUUACUAUGUUGAUGGGAGAGAUCUCUCCCAUCAACAAUGGUGUCCGGGUAAGUCUACACCUAAGACUUAUUCACACUUAAUGUCACAGCAGCACAGCUACAAGUGCUUCAGUACAGACACUACCUACAACACCAACAGGAGAAUCCCUCCCAUCCUCAUAGGUAACCCACCGGCCUGAGAGGUGGUAGCUAGGUUGAUGGACAAAGUCGUCAGUUGACCUAGUACUGGCUACACAAAGUUAGGUCAUCUUAGCUAUAUCUCACAGGGGUAUGGACCUCUGACAGACUUAGCUAUGCCAAUAUAAGUUCUCAGUGUAGACCAGCCCUUAUCCUGUACUGUACGCUCUCCUGUUUAACUACAUGCUGCUACUGUAUCUUGACUUUUUAGCAUUUAAUUUGGUUUUAUAUUAAAUAUCAUCAUACUUAUAGGACAAUCACUUAUCUAAGUGAUCAGAGUAACCCUACUUUGCAAAUCCAAGCCACUGAAUAAGCUCCCUGUUAAUAAAUAAAGGAGGUGUAUACCUAUUUUUAAAGAAAUUACAGUUAUAUCAUAGCACAUGAAAACAGCCACCUAACUUGAAGAGGAGCUCUGUGUAGUUCGAAAGCUUGUCUCUCUCACCAACAACAGCCGGUCCAAUUAAAGCUGUUACCUCACCCACCUUGCCUCUCUCAUGUCCUGGGACGGACAUGGCUACAAACAACGCCACACAUAACCUUGCUGUAACCCUCGUCCCCUCUCUCCCCCACCGUCAGCAGUAAAAAAGUGGGGCUUUUUCCUUAUCUCACAAGCCAGGCCCCGGCCCUAGCGCGGUACGAGGCAACAGAUCCAGGCUCAGGUAGAAGGCCAGGGCUGGCUCUGCGUUGCCCAGUGCCAGCGUCCGCGGUCACAGCAGGCCCCGAAUCACAUCAAAGCCCGGUCCCGCGGCAGAGGGCCGCGCCCCCGCGGUUGCGCUGGACACGCCAGCGAGGACCGGACACGCCCCGCGCGGCUGGGGGCGGGGCUGAGCUGAGCCCAGCUUCAGCGUGCCCGGGCUGCCGGCGCUUCCCCUGCUGGAGCCACCCGCAGCCUGGCUCUGCUGGUGGUGGCGGCGGCGGCUCGGCUGCGGCUCCUGCCUACUGGCCCCUCCCCCAUUCACUGAGGGAGCGGGCCCCGCCACAAGGGAGGCGGCAGGAGGGGCUCGCACUCACCGCACCGGCCGCGGCUCUCAGCGCGCGCGAACACCCAGGCGCACGCGCCGAUCCCUCCGUCAAUCACAGGCAGCUUCACCACUCCCGAUCCCGCCGUCGGACCCAACACCGCGCGUGCGCAUCAAUUCGGCGGCUCCGCCCUGUGGGUCAAAGUCACGCGUAAGCGCGUUUUCAGACCGUCCUCUCGGCAGCCGCUUUUAAACCGCAAUGUCGCCGAAACGGCGCGCGGCCAUGUGUAAAAGUUUUCCUCGCACUUUAAAGACAUGGACAGUUUUGUUGAACAACUGAAAAGGGCGACAGAGGAAGAGUUUACAGAAGAGUCUGCAUGGGAUGGGUCUGCAGUAAACACCACAAGCAGUUUACUUCCGGCUCUCUAUUUACCUUUACUCCCACGGUACCUUCUGCAUCCAACAACCAGAGGUCGAAAGUCAACAGAAUUUCAGGAGACUAAGAAAGCUUGUUUAAAUUACAUUCAGGAUGCCCUGCUACAACACCAAUGGCAGAGGGCUGCAGAAUUCAUGACUAACUAUUUGGAAACAUUGGAGAAUACUUCUGCUGAAAAACGGAUGGCUGCCCCAGAGGUGAUUUGGAGAAUAGGAACUGAAAUUUUGUGCCAUCAUUCCAAGAGCAGCAUUGAAGAGUUCAACUAUUUUGCUGAGCGGAUGAAAAAUCUAGGAGUGAAAAAGUAUUUAGGGGUCUGUUUAGAGCAUGUCUUUCACCUCCUGUGUAAUGGACUGAUAGAUGAUGCCUACCAAAACCUGUCCCUGGCAGAAGGCUGGAGGUAUGGAGAACAAACAAUUGCUCAGGAUAAAGAAUUGAAACUCAUUCAAGCUUACAAGGGGCUGCUGGACUACUAUAAUUGGGCCAAAAAAAGAAAAGCUGUGUUAGAGCUUGAUGGUGAUUUUGCAGACUCUGUUGAACAGGAAAUGCACAGUUUCUUUCGGCAGGCAGCAGUGAAUCUCAAGGAGAUAAUUAAAAUACCUGGAGUUUGGGACCCUUUUGUGAAGUGCUAUGUGGACCUAUUGGAAUUCUAUGAGGAUUAUGAUGAAGUCCGGCAGGUGUUAAGCGAGUAUGCUUACAACCCGAAGUUUCCUCCCAAUCCCAAUGCUCAUGUUUAUUACUAUCAGUUCCUAAAGAGACGUGGUGAAUCAAAGAAGACACUGAUGUCUGUGCUCAAGAUUUUGCACGAGAUUGUUCCCUCUCAUGAAUUAAUGUUAGACUAUAAUGCCAUGCUUCAAAAAUCAAAAAAAAGAAAACACCAUAGACUGGGGCUGGAGAUUAUUUUCACACUCCUGGAUUUUGCUGGGUGGAAGGAGCAUGUAAAAGCUUGGAGCUGUUUAGCAAAACAGAUCUUGGAGAACUCUAGCAAGCAUCUUGACUGGGUCAGGGAGGAGUGGAACUCCAGAAAGGACUGGUGGCCAGCCUUCCACUUUAGCCACUACUUGGCGAAAAGAAAUUGGCAGGAAAAUGAAAGUCUUGCUUGUGAAAAAGCAUUGGUGGCUGGAAUCUUGUUGGGAAAAGAUUGCAAAUACUUCAGAUAUGUUUCACAUGAAGGCUGCAAAGCCAAGAAGGAAAAGUUUCGGACAAUGAAGAAAUUUGUGAAGAAACACAGCUCUACCCAUUUGAGAGCAUCUGGUGUUUUGGAUUCCUGCACGCAUCUUUGAUGUUUACAAGAUGUCUUUAAGGGCCUCGGGCAUCGAUGGGACUUUGAAAUAACGGGAGAUAAACGAGAAGCGGAAAGAAAGAGAGCAAAAACACCAACUGAACCUGCUAGAGAAGCAGAACGAGAACCCACCAACACCAGCGAUUUCCGUCACGCCAAAAAUCCACAGUUGGGACCAUUUAUGUCCUGCAUACAAUGAGGCAGAUGAUAUUGCUGAAUAUCUGGUCACCUUUGAAAGGCUUUAUGCAGUGCACGAAAUCCCUCAUGCCAAGAGAGUUCCUACCCUGAUUGCAAAAUUAACUGGUAAAGCUCUGAGUGUAUUCAGUGAAAUGCCUAUUGAGGAUGUUUUAGACUACUGUAAAUUCAAAAACAGUUUUACAAAGGUUUCAGAUUACACCUGAAACAUAGAGUUAAAUUUUAGGGACCUUAAGAGGGAUAUUGGUAUGGAGUAAUGGGGAAUAUGUGAACAAAAUGAAAGAAUGGAUGGGAAAAUGGGUGAGGGGCAAACGUGUUCCAACAUUCCCUCAAAGCUUGUAUCUUGCUGCUCAAGAGCAUUUCCUAGGUAUAUGUAAGGUGGAUGUAAAGCAGUAUCUAUGGGACAAAGAUGUAAAGUCUGUGGAUGAGAUGGCAUCUCUAGCUGUUGCCUUUGAACAGACCCAGCCAUCUAUUGAAAACAAACCACUGAAAGAGGUGUUUAAAGCUGGUGGGACGGGAAGAUCCCAUUUUAUUCCUAGCAACAAAGAGGGUGGCUGGGAUGCUGGGUACUCACCUCCCCCAGAUCAUUCCUCUAACCCUCAUCCCAAAUCUCCUGUAAAAGCAGAAGAGCCCAAAAGGUGCGAUCAGUGUAAUUCACUGAUCAUCUGAGGAAUAAAUGCCCUGUGCUCAGAGGAAGCAGGCAAUGAAUAGCUCAUGUUAGUUCUGCUGUUCUCAACACAGAACCCCUUUCCCCUCCCCCCCAAGCAAUUGAAACCUAUCAUACUGGUUUUGUGAGAUUAGCCUCUGCAGAACCAGAUAUGGAGCACGUUAAGGUUGUCAGAAUUAAUGGCAGGGAGUACUUGGGGCAGAAGGAUACAGGACCCCGGAUUUCUCUGGUUAAGCAGAGUGUGGUCCCAAAGGCUAGUAUAUUACCUGGCCAAAUGGCAGAGAUUGUGGGGGUGGGCAAAAGCAGAUUUCUCGUACCACUAGCUAAAUCCAUGUGGUGUGGGAAGGUUUGGAAAGUGUUUUGACUGUGGGGAUAAUUGUCAACUAGGAAGUGUCCCUGUUUUUUGGUCAUGAUUUUUUUUGUGUAGCUCAGGUUAAAGUAUUUGCCUGUGGCGGGAGGGAGUCUUAUGCUGGGACCUCCGAGGGAAAGGAUAAGGUCUCAAACUGCUGAGGGAAUGGGGGGGGCUCCUUGAUUCCUCUACAGCAGGGGGAAGCCACAUGCUUCCAGGUGUGGGUGUGGUUGAGCCCAGCUCCUGCACUGUAUCUGGAGGCAACACCACAUCAGGAAGGGAUGAGGGGUGUAAUGCCUGUCAGGGAGAGAAUUGUCCCAGUUGUUAGCUGCCAGCAGUGCAGCUCCAAUGCCUGUGAUAGCGGAGGAGUUGAGACCAGGAAAUUGCCAGGUGGUGGUUUGUGAGAAUGCAAAUGACCCAACUGGCAGAGAAGGGGGUGUCUUCCCCCAGGCUGGUGAGACACAGAGCAGUUAUGGGAAAGCUGCUGUAAAAAGGUGCAUCUGAUCAAAGGGUAAACAAACCUAGCACAGAUCACAGCCCUCUAGGGGGCAGGGAAGAACUCAGUGCUGGGAGAGGGAAACACAGAGUAACCUCAAAAAGGAACUGGAUUUUUUGCAUAUGUACAGUCCUGGGCUUGAAAGACAGCUCCCCAAAGAGCCAGCCAAUAUACAGGAUCCCCCUAAAUUCCUGUCUUGUCAGACCCUGAGGUACCAAAAUCCCAGAAACAUGAUUAAAGUAAGAAACCAGGCAGAGGGGGCCACUGGAGGGAAAGAAAAGCCAGUAAUUGAUUACAUGGGAGAGAGUCAAAGGACACCAUGGGUAAUGAACAAACCAACCUCAAAUCAGACUCUCUGAACAAAGGGUGUGGUAUGAUACUUGUAAACACCCUUUUGUGAUAAAAAUUUUGGUAUUAAUGUUAAGUAUUGGGAUAAGAAUUUUGAUACUGAUGUUAAACCUUAUGCUAAUGCUACUUCUCAGUUAAUAUAUGUAAACAGACUUAAAGCUUAUCACAGCAGAGAAACCAUAAUAAACCUGGUUUGCUGUGUAAAGGGGAAACUGAGGCAUGUCGCCUCAUGGCCUUGAUGGCUGGAUGCCAAAAGAAGUAUAACACAAACUGCCUUCGAGAUAGUCAGUGGCUAUCCCCCUUGCAGUAAACUAAGGGGGGAGGUGUGACAUACUGUACCUUGGAGGAGCGUCUUGUAACUUCCAUAUUCCUCAUUUUUAUAUCAUUGUGAUCUUACAUAUAAAGCAUGCCUUGUAAGGUAUCAGGGGAAAGGCUAUGAUCUUCUGAAAGUCAUUUCUUUACCCAUAUAUGUAUAUCAUUAAUGCAUAUGAAGUUAUGAGAAUUGUGUUGUAUGGUUGUCACUAAAAUAUGCUGCAAAUUGGGGAAUCAGCCAGAUAUUAGCUCCCCAGAGGCAACAGCAAGGAAAGUAACCAACGCCCAAGCGUGGUAUCAAACAACCCAUCAACAGCCAUUGUCUAGCAAGGGAGCUACAAUGCAAUGACUCACCUGCAUGAGGCCACCCCAGGGGAAUUGCUCAACCUUGCCUGGAGUCUCAGAAAUGCCCCUAGGCAUGCCCAGACUUGUGCUCCCCAAGCACACAGGACAGAGGGUAUAAAACAGACACAGUGCCCACAUGCUGGGCCUUUCUCCUUUACCCAUCUACGCUGCAAGCAAGAAGGACGCUCUGAAGACUUGAACGGAAGGGACUGGCCCAGAUUUCAAGGGUGAAAUCUGUGUACUAUGAACUGCAAUAUCCAGUGGGGUGAGAAAAAUUGCUUAAUCUAGUUGUUGCCCAGUCUAAUAGGGAUGAGAAUUUAGACUGCAUGCUUAUUUUUUAUUUCUUUUGGUAACUAACUCUGACUCUUUGCCUAUCACUUAAAAAUCUAUCUUUUGUAGUCAAUAAAUUUAACUGUUUAUCUUUACCAGUAAGUUUGUAUGAUGUGUGUGGCAAAUCUGCUCGGGUUUUGCAAAAGCUGGUGUAUAGCCACUUUCCAUUGAUGGAAGUGGUGAACCUAUUAAUAAAUCUGCAUUGCUUGUCUUGAA